AUGGCCCUAGCUGCGAAAAACAAAUCCGGGUUUAUUGAUGGCUCAAUACCCCACCCAGAUUCUGGUAAUCCUCUUCUCAAUUCUUGGAUUCGUUGCAAUAACAUGGUGAUGUCUUGGUUAUUACACUCUGUUUCCCCUGAAAUAUCACAGAGCAUAAUGUUCUUUGAUUUGGCCUCUGAUAUGUGGCAUGAUCUUGCUGAAAGAUUCAAUGAGGGGAAUGGACCCCGAAUUUUCCAAUUACAAAAUCAACUCACAAGUCUGCAACAAGGUGAUCAAUCCGUCACCUCCUACUUUACCAGACUGAAAUCUUUAUGGGAUGAACUCAAAGAGUUCCAACCCAACACUACUUGCACCUGUGGUGCAAUGAAAACUCUUCUUGAUUACUACAAUCAAAACCAGGUCCUCCAGUUCUUGACAGGUCUGAAUGAAUCAUAUUCCUCUGUACGAGCUCAGAUACUUCUCAAUAAACCAAUUCCGACCCUAUCCAGAGUGUUUGCCAUGAAUGUUCAAGAAGAGCGCCAAAGAACUCUUGGUUCUUAUAAUCUUUCUUCAAUGGCAUCUUCCAUUCGUCCUCCUUCUUCGAACAAUCUAUCCCGAGCAAAGAAGCCUCGACCCUCUUGCUCCAACUGUGACAAACCAGGUCAUUUGGUAGAUAAAUGCUUCUUCAUUCACGGCUUUCCCCCUGGUUAUGGAGACAAGAAGAAACAAGACAAAGGCAAAGCUACUACUAAUCAAGCCUCCACUAGCACCUUUCCUGAUGAAACUCCAGGCAAACAAGGCAGUACUGACCUUUCCACUCAAUGCCAACAGCUCAUUUCUCUCCUCAGCCAGCAACUAACCCAAGCAGCCCCUAGGCCUGAACUUGUUGUUCCCCCCGCUGCUUCAAACAUGGCUGGAUCCUUCGAAGAAUGUGGUGAUUGGGACAGCUAA